GCCAUCUUAGCAGCUCAGAGACGAGGAGAAGAUGUGGAGACAUCCAAGAAAUGGGCUGCUGGCCAGAACAAGCAGCAUUCCAUCACCAAGAACACAGCCAAGCUAGACCGGGAGACGGAGGAGCUGCAUCACGACAGGGUGACCCUGGAGGUGGGCAAAGUGAUUCAGCGGGGCCGUCAGAGCAAGGGCCUAACGCAGAAGGACCUGGCCACGAAAAUCAAUGAAAAGCCGCAAGUCAUCGCAGACUAUGAAAGUGGACGGGCCAUUCCGAAUAACCAGGUUUUGGGCAAAAUUGAGAGAGCCAUCGGCCUCAAGCUCCGGGGGAAGGACAUCGGGAAGCCUAUCGAGAAGGGGCCGAAGGCGAAAUGAACACAAAGCCUCGAAGCCAGUGGUUCCGGCUGAGCUCUUCUGGCUGGUCCCCCAGGACCACCAGCACUGCCGUGGGUCUCCUCACAUGGUCAAACGGAACAUGGGGGUCAGGCCUGUGUGCCCCCUCAACCCAUACCUGCUGUCAAACAAAGCAAAACCUUGCAAAGUGAUA